CACACUCGGCAAAUAAACAUAAUUGUGAAAAUAAAGAAUUAACAUUACACUGCAGCGGCAAAAUAAAGAGAAGUAAUGAAAAAAAACGAAUGUCCUUUGAAACUCACUGAUUCUAAUGAAAACAUCUGGAUUAAACAUCUGCUACAGGUAUAUUUUACAUCCAGCCUAACUAGGAACAAUGUGAAACUAAGCUUCACGUUAUCGCUAUAUCGAAAUAAAACUGGAGUAUUAAAAUGCAACAUGUUUAUACAGGUGUGUUCCAGUUAUGAACCGUUUUAGGGAGUUUUAAUCCCAGUUGAUUCAUGACGGAAGGUGCAGGUUGAGGCAGGAAUCGGGAGCGCGCUUCGCUCGCUCUCGACGACACAAACAGUAGACCACCGCAGGACGCAGACCAUCCCCCCCCCACCCCUACCUGUGACCCACCUGCUGAGCCCCGCUGUCCCCUGAGGAUGAUGGCGGAUGAAGACGCGUUCGCGGCAGAAGAGCGAGCUUUUGACGGCGGCCCCACGCUGCGCGACUACCGGCGGCCGACGCGGCUGUACUGCAUGAACGGCGGAUACCACCUCCAGAUCCUGGCCGAUGGGACGGUGCGGGGCGAGCGGGAUGAGCGGGAUGAUCACACUGUGCUGAAGCUCAAAGCCGUGGGCAGAGGCGUCGUCGUCAUCCGGGGAACGGCGGCAGAGCGAUAUCUGGCCAUGAGCGCCGAAGGCCGUCUGUACGGCUCAUCCACAGUAACAGAGGAGUGCUACUUCGUGGAGAACCUGGAGGAGAACUACUACAACACAUACAAGUCUCAGAAAUACCAGGACAGCAGCUGGUACGUCGGCCUGAAGAAGAACGGCAGAACUAAACUAGGCCCAAGAACCCACAUCGGACAGAAGGCCAUCUUCUUCAUCCCCAGACAGCUGGAGGAUUCCUGGGAUUAGUGAGCCACUCUAAUGACAGGAUGUGAGGAAUGUGGAGCUCUGAUGCAUGAGUAGUUUACCUCUAGAGUUUUAUCUUCCGUAUAAAUGAAGCUGCAUCUUUCCUAUCAACUAACAACUAUCUGAGCAACCUUUACUUAGCAGCAAUUUUACUCAGCUAAUCGAAACACAAUCUUGACUGUAUUGAUAUGAAGCACCAGUAGGUGGUGAUGCAAGAAGAUUAAAGAGAAGUGGACACGAAGAAGCCACAGACCGGAGCGGGUAGAAACCUGAGGGUAUAAUGACUGAUGCUGUUAGUUAAUAAACCAGAUAACUUUAAAAGACUUGGCUUCCUUUAUGUACUGCUGUACAAACAUUACACUGACUUCACCAAAAUUUGAAUAUCAGAUAAGACCAAUUAUAAGUGGACUUUAAGAAGUGUUUCAUUUUAUCUGAGCAUACUAGAGGGAGCAUACUAAUCUUCCCUCUAACAUGCUCAGAGGGAAGACUGCUGACUUGGCAAUUAUCCAGCAGAAAGUCUUAGACUCCCUCCACAAGGGCAUAAACUACAAAACACUAUUCCAAAUUAAGCCGGCUGUUCAUUUUGGUGGAAAGUUGAGUGGAAGGAAAAAGUGUGGGGGGAAAAAACAGGAAUAACCAAAGCCAUCAGAAGGGCUAACCACUUCCUUUUAAGAGUGUGGAGAUACAGAAGAUGUGAGUCAGUGCCUCAAGAGCCAUCAGUACCAAGACAUGAACGACAACCACAUCAGUCCUUAGCACCGCAACACAUUAAAGAUCUGCUGUUGUUGCAUCAACCUUCCAGACCACUCAGGCCUUCUGGUUCUGGAUCCCCAGAAAACAUGCAUCUCCAAAAAAUUGAGCUUCUAUGCACCAGAAAUCUAGAACAAACUUCCUGAAAAUUGUAAAACAGACGAGUUCCUUUAAAUCUAGACUAGAAACCCACCUGCUCAGAGUUGCUUUUGCACCAUAAUAAAUGAAACACUAACCAACAUUUUGAUGUUUAAUGACACUUGAAAAAAUUUACUGUUUCAAUUGUUGAUUUUUGUGUUUUUAUGAUGUAAAGCACUUUGAACUGCCUUAUUGCUGAAAUGUGCUAUACAAAUAAAAUGUAAUUCUGUUCAGCAACUUCUGAAGCAGAAAAUGCUCUUCUGUGAUAUUUUGAUUUACAUUACAUGCAAGCUGAUAGUCAGAGCCAACAGAAACUAAUACUUGAAUUUUAUCCAUGUGCAAUAAAUCUAUGAAACAUA